GAAACUUUCUCUCCAGUGGCAAAGAUUGACACAAUCUGAGUUUUUUUUCUCUAUUGCGGCAAACAAAGACUGGCCACUACACCAAUUUGAUGUGAAAAAUGCCUUCCUAUAAGGGUGAAAUGUUAUUGAAUUAUUUCAUAGGAUAUCUCUGAAAACUCAGGAACUCUACGUUAUCAUCUUCUUGACUCGGUAUUUGGAUCUCUUCACCAGAUAUAUCUCAUUGUAUAACACCAUAAUGAAGAUAGUCUUUAUUGGGUCCUCGCUUGCCAUUGUUUGGUACAUGAGGUAUCAUAAAGUAGUGAAACAGACAUAUAGCAAGAAUGAAGAUACUUUUCGACAUUACUUUUUGAUGCUUCCAUGCUUUGCUUUGGCCCUUUUAUUUCACUAUGAGUUCACUUUGAUAGAUGUUUUGUGGACCUUUUCAUUGUACCUGGAAGCAGUUGCCAUCUUGCCACAACUGGUAUUGUUGCAGCAAUCUAGAAACAUUGAUAACUUGACUGGGAACUAUGUUUUCUUGCUCGGCGCAUAUCGGGCUCUCUACGUCUUGAACUGGAUAUAUCGAUACUUUUUGCAAGAUCACCGGGCUCGCUGGAUCCUUUGGACAUCUGGUCUGGUUCAGACAGCACUUUAUGCCGACUUCUUUUAUUACUACAUACUCAGUUGGAAAAACCAUGAAAAGCUCAAACUUCCUGCUUGACGUAUCCGUGAGUUCAUUCCCAGUCAGACUUAUACACGAUUGGAAAGUGAAGAAAACUGUUAACAGUAGGCAUUAGAAUUUUGAACACCCUUUUUCUAACCAAACAAUUACAUCUUAUAAUUUCUUGUCAAAAUGUUGUAAGAGGGGAGCAUAAUACUUUUGAGCUUCUUCUAAACAUAAUACAGCUAAUUUUUGUAUUGAAUUUGUUGUUUAUCAUAGAUUUUGUAAGAGAAUAUAUAAAUACGUUUUUGGAGAAUUAUAGGUUAGUGGUUGAAGGCUUUCUCUUCAACCUUUGUUAGUUCGCUGCUAUCAACAAUUCAACAGCAAACCAACAAGUAAUUUAUUUUUUUCCUUUCAAAUGUUAUGACACUAUUAUUCUUUUGUUUGCUGUUACAGUGAACAAAUUCGCGGUAAUUGUUUUUGACUUUUAAUAUGUUCUUCUCUUGUUUGCUGUUACUAACAAAGAACAAGUCUUGAUCUUAGGUUCAGAGAACAGAGACACUUAUUUUGAGAAUUAAAAUUUCUCAAAAACUUAUUUUAGGAAUCAAAAAAAAAAACUAUUUUUUCAAAUUUUCAUAUAUAAUAAUAAUAGAAGUAUUGUUCUUUUCAUAUAGGCUCAAAAUUGGAAACAGUGUUUAAAA